UAUCACUGUUAUCACGAAAGCGGGCUUUGUGCAGUUCAGUUAAAAUCCCUUGGCCGGCGUUGGUUGUUGGCCCUGCAAGCCCUGCCAUUCGUUCACUGAGUGUCCCUGUGUUUACGUCGUUCGCCGGUGAGCGGUCCCUUUCGCUAAGUGCCUUUCGGAAUCCACCAUGAACCUGGAAUCGGCUCAGAUAACCCUCCUCCUCGUUCUGGCUUGCGUCACUUCAGGUUUGAGUAUUCACUGCUUCGAGUGCAACAGUCACAAUGACACAAGGUGUGCUGACGAAAAACCACCAGAUGCGUUGAAGAAGGACUGCUCAGAACACUUAGAAGGCUCAAAAUACACAAUGUGCAGGAAGAUCACCCAGACGAUAGAAUUCGAAGUCAACGGAUUGCCACCGGACAACCGAGUAAUCAGAACAUGCGGCUGGGACGAAUCUAACUACAAGAACAAGUGCUACCAACGAUCCGGCUUUGGAGGUCGCCAGGAGGUCUGCUCCUGCUCCACGGACUACUGUAACGCCGCCUCCACGAGUCAUCUCGCCAUCGGCUCCUGUCUGGUUGCCGUCGUGUCCGUUCUACUCAAAAUGACCCCACUGUUAUAAGCGCUCAAUCCAACCCGCUCAAUACUUGAACAACAAUGUAAAACAAAGGGGCUUUCGAACAAUUAUCUCAUUAGGGUUAUGAAAAUUUGACUGGCGGAGUGUGAAAACACAUUCGUGACAACGCGUUUUAUUCCGAGUUGGCUGAAAUGUCAAAAUCAUGAUAGUACACCGGGAAAAAACUAUUAUUCUGAGAACUAUGGGGAAAGCGAUCCAUGUGGAUUAAGCCUUUUCAUCCAACCUUUUCAUCAAAAGGCUUCCAUCGUGGCUUUAUUCAUUGGUAUCAUGGGAUUCAUGGGCUUUAAUGGUGGUGUUUUUACCGCCGGUAUUUUCACCGCUUAUCGGUCCUUGGUAAUUAAUUUAUUUCCAUCGAUCAGAAAACUAACAAUACUAGUAGAAUUUCAUCGCUAAAUGGGUAAAUUUAUCACUAUUUUUCGCUAAAAUUACCCAAAAGUGAGAGUUUAAUGUACACCAUUAUUACGGUAAUAAUCAGAAUUUUACUUUUUUAACGGUGUGAAAAGAGAAUACGACAUUUCAGUGAUCCAAUAUCAGAGACAAAUCACGACGUCCUUUAGCUUUUUGACGACACUUGAUAACUUCUAUUUUCAAGAUUAUGCCAUUCAUCCCUACAAAGUCUUCUCUUCUCGACUGCUGAGCAACUUGUUGAAAUACACCGAUGUACGCUGUAUGGUGAAUUUGUUCGGUUGUUUGUUCAGGAAGUAGCACAACAGCCAAGAAAAGGUAGGGGGUCUCAGAGGACAAACAGAGGGUCUCUGUUUGUCUUUUUGGAGAGGAUAGAACACGAACUAAGACUAUACCUACUAUAAUUUUUGCACUUUAAAAUAGGACACAAAGCACGCAACGAAACAUUUGAAAAUCAGCAACUAACAAACUGUAACUUUGAGCAGUUGAUUGAAGAAUUCUAAUUUCCUUUUGUUUUAUUUUAUUUAUUUAUUUAUUUUUUUUUUGGCAUUUUAUAAAUUAAAAUCCACCAAUUUUUACAGUCUUAAAUUUUGAACGUACGUGGAAUGGCUUUAUGAGUAAAGUGUAAUUUUCGAUUUUAGUGUGAUAAUUAGAGCUCAUAGGCACUUUUGCGAGUAUUCUUGUCUAAAUUCCUACAGAAGCUACUCACAUUACUAGAUAUUUUUAACUACUGUUACCGAAUUUUUAAACGCUGACAAGGAAUGUUAGAGAAUAUUAAUCUUUUGAUCCUCAUGUGAGAGAAAAGUAAGAGCUCCAGCUCUCCAAGUCCAAUUUCCCUACCUCUCCUAUUUUUUAUAUUUAUUCCAUCAUGAGUUCUUUGCCCUCGUGUGUUCAUGCCCUCUGAGCAUCAUUUCUUCAUCGUAAGAUAAAAAACAAGCUAACUACAAUGUGCCGCGGACGUAAUUUGAGCAGUAUCGUUGUGAUAAUCUCGCAAUUUGAAUGCACUGAGUUGGGUCAUUCUAACAUUUUCGUAAAAAAACGAUAAUCAUCGUGACACACUGCUCCGCAAAUAUUCAUAACGGAAAUCAAUGGAAAAAUCUGUUUUUAUCCAUUUCCAAGGAAUCGACCUUGAGCAAGAUCGAGUAAUUUUCGAAAAAAUUUAAAGAUACUGAAGCAAAAUUUGUACAUUUUUGUGUAGGCCGUAUUUUUUGUCCGAUUGUCUGUUAGAUUUUGGUCACAAGAACGAAACAUUUUAAAGCCUCACUCCUGUAUUACUCUCCUCAAGUUAUGCCAACGCAGAUUUAAAAAUUUAGUCACAUUGAAGUAUGAAUAUUGCUUACCGUGGACAUUAUAGUUAGUGUAAGUUAAUUGGUUUUUACUUUCUUAUUCUCAAUUUUGAGGAGGAAAUGUUGUUUUCCUUAGCUUUUUAACUGAACUAGUUUAAUAACUACCUGCGAAAUUGCGAGAGCUUGCACGAAUGGAAUGGUGCACAUCGGCGAAGUAAUUUAUAAAUGGAGAUCAGAGUUAUCCUUAGAAUGAAUCUGGAGGUUUCCGAGAGAGACAGUAAUUAAGGUCAACGAAUAAUUGUGUUUCACCCGUCAAUGCAUGUAUGUUAAAGUUCCUCUAGUUCAUUAUUCUCUACUUACCAUUGUACAGUACGUUAAAUAACGUUUUUCCAAUUACCUAUAAAAUGAUUAGAAGGUUUACAUUGACAGGUAUGUACGAUGAGAGGAUACCUAUUCAUCCUCUCAAUGAUUAACACCAAUAUUACAACAAUCAACUGAAUCUACCAAUCUAAAAUAAAGGAAGAAUAAAAUAUAAGAAAUGAAAAAUAGAUGAAUCACACCAUGAAAUGCACACCUUUUCCCUAUCAUAUCAUCGUUUGAAAUGAAAACUUUUGAUAAAGUUAAUUUUUAAAAAAAGUUUUAUUAAUAUUUUUGCUUAGCUUUCGAAAACUGCAGCAAAAUCAGUGUCGAAGUAACUUAGGAGCUCAAUCCUACAUUGAUGAGACAUGUUCAAUACUUUAAAUAGGUAUCCCUCUAAAAUUGGUGAUUAUUUUGAUUUGUUCGACCGUCAUCACUCUUAAUUAAAAUAAUUUCAUGCAUGAAAAUUUAAUGACAAUAAUACAUCCCUGGCUUGAUAUUGUAUUGGAUUUUCUAAUGCGCCUAGUGCCGUAAAUGCAAUUCGAAAAUAAUAAAAAUAAAUGAAGAAGUUACUAGUUUAAUUCACAUAAUUUAAGAUUUUAGUGUCAAAUUGCUAAUAAUGACUUUUGUAAGAUCUUAUGAUUUUUUUUAUCCUAGUUUUAAUGUCUAGUUUAAUGCGAUGUAAAUUUGCUAGUAAAUAAUUUGUCUGUACAAUACUUAGUGUCUUAAGUAAACUGUUGCUUGUUUUCUAACUAUUUUUGAAGGUGAGACAAUUACCUCUGUUUUAUUUUUAUAUUUUCAAGUCAAUAAACUAUUUACAAAAGCAAA